CUUUAUUUUCCAAGAUUCUCCAAGAAUCCAAACAGCUAGCGAUGGCGAAUGCUGAUUCUUCUUCUUCUUCCCGCUACCGCAGCGUUUUGAACUUAAGAAGAAAAGCACACAUAUACGCACUCGUUGUCCUUCUCUGCAUCACCUCCUACCUCCUCGCCGUCUUUCACCGAGGAUCGCGCCUCACCACCGCCCUCUCCCUCUCCGCACCGUGCAACCACUUCAGCGCCGAGUCUUCUAAAACCUUCCCUCGGUGCAGCGCCAACUUCAGCGAGUACACGCCGUGCCAUGACCCGCAAAGGUCCCUGAGGUACAAACGUAGCAGAAAGAUAUACAAAGAAAGGCACUGUCCCGAAGAGCCCUUGAAGUGUAGGGUACCUGCCCCCCACGGCUACCGGAACCCCUUCCCCUGGCCGGCGAGUAGAGACCGCGCGUGGUUCGCUAACGUCCCCCACCGUGAGCUCACCGUGGAGAAGGCCGUGCAGAACUGGAUACGCUCCGACGGCGACCGCUUCGUCUUCCCCGGCGGCGGAACCACCUUCCCCAACGGCGCUGACGCCUACAUUGAGGAUAUCGGAAUGUUGAUUAAUCUUAAAGAUGGCUCUAUUCGGACUGCUCUCGAUACUGGCUGUGGGGUUGCUAGUUGGGGAGCCUAUCUUCUAUCACGCAAUAUCCUAACAUUGUCAAUUGCUCCAAGGGAUACCCACGAAGCACAAGUUCAAUUUGCUCUUGAGCGAGGUGUUCCUGCAUUCAUUGGAAUCCUAGCCACCAAGAGGCUUCCUUUCCCUUCCAGGGCUUUUGACAUCUCCCAUUGCUCUCGCUGCCUCAUCCCAUGGGCUGAAUAUGAUGGGAUUUUUCUUAACGAAGUGGAUCGAUUUCUACGCCCUGGUGGGUAUUGGAUUCUAUCUGGGCCACCAAUCAAUUGGAAGAAAUACUGGAAAGGGUGGCAGAGAAAAAAGGAGGAACUGAACGAAGAGCAGACCAAAAUUGAGAAGGUAGCCAAAAGCCUUUGUUGGAACAAGCUAGUCGAGAAGGACGAUAUUGCCAUCUGGCAGAAACCAAAAAACCAUUUAGAUUGCAAGGCCAAUCAUAAACUCACCCAAAACAGAUCAUUCUGCAAUGCACAAAAUGACCCUGACAAGGCCUGGUACACCAAUAUGCAAACAUGUCUGAGUCCUGUUCCUGUAGUGUCUAGCAAAGAAGAAACUGCUGGUGGGGUAGUGGACAAUUGGCCAAAGAGAUUAAAAUCCAUCCCACCAAGGAUUUAUAAGGGUACCAUAGAAGGGGUUACAGCCGAAACUUAUUCAAAAAAUUAUGAGCUGUGGAAGAAAAGGGUAUCACAUUAUAAGACAGUGAACAAUCUACUAGGAACUGAGAGAUACCGCAAUCUUUUGGAUAUGAAUGCCUACUUGGGUGGAUUUGCCGCUGCACUAAUUGAGGACCCUGUUUGGGUCAUGAACGUGGUUCCUGUUCAGGCUAAGGUUAACACACUUGGAGCCAUAUAUGAACGAGGCUUGAUUGGAAUAUAUCAUGACUGGUGUGAAGCAAUGUCUACUUAUCCUAGAACUUAUGAUCUAAUUCAUGCUGAUUCAGUGUUCAGCCUUUACAGUAACAGAUGUGAAUUGGAAGACAUUCUGCUAGAAAUGGAUAGGAUUCUUAGACCUGAAGGAUGUGUUAUCAUCCGAGAUGAUGCUGACAUAUUGGUAAAAGUAAAGAGCAUCGUCAAUGGAUUGGAAUGGGAUAGUAUAAUUGUAGACCAUGAAGAUGGGCCUCUUCAAAGGGAGAAACUUCUAUUUGCUAUGAAGAAGUAUUGGACGGCUCCAGCAGCUUCUGAGAAGACUAAUUAAUUUUAUUUUUUGUUGUUAAUUUUUCUCUUUUACUGCUUUAGGUUUCCUUUUUUUUCAAUAUAUUCCUUUGUCUUUUUAACUUACAUUUUUUUUUUGAGGGUAGGGGGUACAUGCAAUGCAAUCAUUUUCACUGUAACUGUGCAGAACACCGAGUCCAGGUAUAUUGUUAUGUUACGUGAAAUUGUGAUAUUACUUGGACAGUAAAA